AUGCAUCUUCCGAGAAUACCCUUUAUAGAAUGCUUGAGCAAAGAUGAGAUUCCGGAGCAAGUAAGGCCUACUUUUGAGUUAGAGAAUCAAAAGCUUAAAGCUAUAGUUCUCAAUGAUAGAUUGACGGUCACAGAGAAGGAUGCAACAACUGCAGACCUAGACAUCGACUACAAACCGGAGCAACUCGAAGAGGUACUUUCCAAAAAAUGCAUUGAAUUUAUAGACAAAUUGGAAGGUAUCUAUCGACUUCAUCGCUUGGUUUUUGAUUAUAGCUUUUGGAAAGCAGAGGAGAUAUUGAGAUCAGUCUUGCCAGAAGAAUUGCAAGAUGAUGUUCCAUCAUCGUUUACGAAAACUGGACAUCUUGCACAUUUAAAUUUAAAGGACGAGUAUAAGGCUUAUGAUUCGAUCAUUGGGCAAGUUAUUCUUGACAAGAAUCCUUCAAUCACUACAGUUGUAGAUAAGGUGGACAGUAUAGAAACUAAGUAUAGGACCUUCAAGAUGAAAGUCAUAGCGGGAGAGCCAAACUUUAUGGUGACUCAAAGAGAAAGUGACUGUGAGUUUACAUUUGAUUUCAGUAAAGUCUACUGGAAUUCAAGAUUAUCCACUGAGCACGGUCGACUUAUAGAUGGAUUUACGAAAGGAAGUGCUAUUUGUGAUGCUAUGGCAGGAGUUGGUCCCUUCGUCAUUCCGGCUGGCAAGAAGGGGUGCAUUGCCUUUGCGAAUGACCUUAAUCCUGAUAGCUAUGAGUAUUUGAAAGAAAACAUUGUGAAGAAUAAAGUGCGAAAUGUUGUCUUUCCGUAUAACUUGGAUGGUGCCGAGUUUAUUAAAAAUUCACCCAAGCUGUUGAUGGAUUUUGCCAAGAAACAUAAUUCUACUAAACUGACAAUUCAUGCUAAUGGACAUGCCAAGAGAAGGAAAGUGAUUAAAAAGCUGACUGAUUAUCAACUACCUAUAAUCCACGUCUAUCAUUUUGAGAAGUUUUCACCUACCGAAGUACCCGAGCCUACAGACGAUGAUUUGCAUAGAAGAGUGCAUGAAAAGCUAAUUCAUUACUUGAACUACGACAUUAAGUUCGAGGAAUUGUCUUUCCAUACCGUGCGGAAAGUUGCACCAACAAAACCAAUGUUUUGCGUAUCUUUCCGUCUUCCUGAAGAGGUUGCAUUUGCCCAAUAA